GGGGAAUGUUAUUCUUACAUUAUAGCCUACCAAAAGACCAUACUGUACCCGUUUGUUUGUAAGAAUUCAGGACCACGUCUUAAUCUGUACAAAGUUUGUGCAGAUGCUUAGAUAACUGGCACUAUGUUCAAGGAUAUCCUGCCAUCUAGUGGUUAAAAUACAUCAGUGUCGCUGGCAUUUGUUCUCUGGGAAUAUCGCGUUUGAUGAAGUGACCUUGUGUCACAAUCUUGAUGUUGAGUCAACAACUUCUUCAGGAUGUGACAGCAACACGAUAGUCCGCUUUCUCUUCUUUCCAGGGCACGUGGUUCCAAGAAGCCCCCGCAUGCCGAACAACACACACCCCUGCCCUGCGUGUGUGGCAUGUACACACCUGUGUUGUGAUCGAGGAAGUGUGGGUGUUUGCACCGGCUUCAGGAAGUGAUGCAAUAUAGCAGAAGUUAACGAUGGUGCCACAUCCUGUCACUCAAGCCGUCAUUGAUCUGUCAGCUGGAGCAUGUGGUGGGAUUGCGUGUGUGUUUAGCGGGCAGCCCUUUGAUACAGCCAAGGUGAAGAUGCAGACUUUCCCCGGCUUGUACAGAAGCUUUGUCCACUGCUUCGUGUCCGUCUACAAACAGGUUGGACUGCGAGGCCUCUAUCAAGGCACCACACCUGCCCUCAUAGCCAACAUUGCUGAAAACGCUGUGCUCUUCAUGAGCUACGGCUUCUGCCAGAAUGUAGUGCGCUUUGUUUCAGGAGUGGCCCGAGGCACAGAACUCAGUGAUAUGCAGAAGGCCUGUUCAGGCUCUGUCGCCUCUAUCUUCUCCUCUCUGGCUUUAUGCCCCACUGAACUGGUUAAAUGUCGACUGCAGGCCAUGCAUGAAAUGGAGGCGUCCGGCAAGAUUGCCAGUGGACAGAAAAGCACGGUGUGGUCCGUUGUGAGAAAUGUGCUGCGGACAAACGGUCCUCUGGGUUUCUAUCAGGGUCUCACCACCACUAUAGUCCGUGAGAUACCUGGAUACUUCUGUUUCUUUGGAGGAUAUGAACUCAGCCGCUCCAUGUUUGCCCACCACAUGGGCAGAGACAAAGAGCACAUAGGUGUCGUGCCAUUGAUGUUCAGCGGUGGUUUCGGCGGAGCCUGCCUCUGGUUGGUUGUGUACCCCAUAGACUGUGUGAAGUCUCGCAUCCAGGUUAUGUCUUUAGCAGGGAAACAGGAAGGCUUCCUCAAGACUCUUAUGGGAAUUUUACGAAAUGAGGGAAUGGCGCCUCUGUAUUCUGGUUUGACCCCGACUAUGAUCCGAACUUUUCCUGCCAAUGGAGCGCUCUUUUUGGCCUAUGAAGUCAGUCGCAAGAUAAUGAUGCAACAGUUUGAUCACUGGUGUACCAUGCAAGGAAAAUCCCACAAAAUGUUGGCUCCAUGUCUUUCAGAUGACAAACCACCCUCGCUGGGAUGCUUUGGCUGGUUCAUUAUCUUUAUCGCAAUCAUUAUCACCAUUGGAUUGCUUCCUGUUACCAUUUUUAUGUGCAUCAAGAUUGUGAGGGAGUAUGAAAGGGCCGUGAUUUUUCGAUUAGGUCGUAUUGUGGACAAGAAACCAAAAGGACCUGGAAUUUUCUUUGUGCUGCCAUGCACUGAUACAUUCAGGAAGGUGGACUUGAGAACUGUGACAUUUGAUAUUCCUGCUCAAGAGUUCCUGACGAAGGACUCUGUGACCGUGAGUGUAGACGGUGUGGUGUACUUUCGUGUCUUUGACCCGAUCUGUUCCGUGGUCAACGUGUCCAAUUCAGACCAUGCAACACGGCUGUUGGCACAGACCACCCUGAGAAAUGUCCUGGGCACAAAGAACCUGUCUGAGCUGCUGUCUGACAGAGAGGGCAUCUCACACAGCAUGCAGAUUGCCUUGGAUGAGGCCACUGGCGUAUGGGGCAUUAAAGUGGAGCGAGUGGAGAUAAAGGACGUUAAACUGCCACUCCAGCUCCAGAGAGCCAUGGCUGCAGAGGCUGAAGCAACUCGAGAAGCCCGUGCCAAGGUGAUUGCAGCUGAGGGGGAGAUGAACGCCUCGCGGGCCCUGAAGGAAGCAUCUCUAGUGAUGGCUGAGUCUCCAUCAGCUCUUCAGCUGCGAUACCUCCAGACUCUGAACAACAUCGCAGCAGAAAGAAACUCCACCAUUAUCUUCCCCUUGCCCAUUGAUAUCAUUCAGCAUUUCAUAUCUAAAAGAGACUGAUGAAUCCAGAUUAAAGCUACACUGCUUGUGUUCUUAGAAAGUUAUGUAAUGUGACAUAUUUCCAGGUGAAACAUAAUUCAGUGAGAAACAAUGCAGCCUUUAUCCAUUAAAUUAACUGGGUAGUGAAAUAUGGUUAAUAUUAUUUUUUAACAGACUAAAAAUAAUUUCCCUCAAAAGUCUUGUAGCUGACGUUCAGCUCAUUUAAAAGUAAGAAACAGGAUGCUUUUACAUGAUCUUUUAAUAAACCCAAAGUGCAAUAAAGUGCAACAUAAUCAUCAAAAGAGUUUCUGAAUGCAUCACAACAGUGAUUAGCUACACUAACAAGGUUUGAAUCAAAUAAAUAACUGUAUAUCACAGCGUUAAGACAUGCUUUUCCAUUAAUGUGUUGUAACAUAGAUCACACAUAAAGCUCAUAGAAGCUGUACAACACAAAUUAGGAGAAGAGAAAAAAAAAAAAACAAGAGGACAUUUCAAUAACACAAUCAUGGUACAAUCCUCUCUUAAAUAUACGAUAACAGACAGUUGUGUUUGUAUUCAAUUUAAAGGGACAGUUCAUCAAAACAUUAACAUUGUGUCAUUAUUUAUUCACCCUUAAGGCCUGUUCACUCCAAGGACAAUAAUUAUAGUAAUAACGAUAAAGAUGUAGAUCUAAAAAUCAUUCUAAAGAUGAAAGAAAAGCAGAGUCCACACCACUAUAACUAUAACGACACAGAGAAACGAUACCAUUGGAAUCACUUUCAGAACCAUUUUUCCAGCUGAUGAAUGAUAAAAACAUUGACAGCCAAUCAGAAUCCAUCCUGCUUUAAAGAGCUUGGACAUUUAUAGUGGCAGACGACAAAACUGUAGCAUGCACUUAGAAUAAACAGAACAAUAUUGUGUGUUGGUGUGGACGCUAAUAUAGUUAUCAUUAUAGUUAUCGCUCUUGGUGUGAACCGGCCUUUAUAUUGUAUCAAACUUGAAUGCUGUUCUUUUUUGUACUGUUGUGAAGUUGUGAAGUCUUCAUGCAGCUUUCAUCCAUACAAUGGUAGUUCAUAGUAUGGAUUUAGAAAACUUGGAACAUAUUUCAGUCAUAUUUAUUACUUUUUAUGAUGUUUAUGGUGCUUUGACAUCUUUUUUGGAGCUUGACAGCUUAUAGUCACUAUGAACUGUUGUUGUAUGGAAAAACGCUACAUUCCCUUGUGAAAAAGUACACAUUAGCAUAAAAAAAGUACUUCUGGAAAAAAAAAACAUACUUUAAGUGUGAACUGAAUGAUGUUUUCAGACAGUUAAUUGCAUAUUAUUUGCAAUUAAAUGAAAAUGCAUUAUAGCUUUUCACUUAAGUAGGACUUAAGUACAUCUUUAUAUAUAAAUUAAUCAUUCUAUUGUCUUUGAAAUACAGCUAAAGUUUACUUCCGAAAGUACUGACAAACUAAAUGUUUAUGUUAAACUAAAAUAUACUUUUAUGUCAUUUCUAUUGAAACUUGUGUAAUGUAUUUCAAUAUAUUUGUAAUUACACAUUUAUAUGAAGUUGCAAUUUCAAAUAUAUCAAUUUUAAAUGUAAUAUUGAAUAACACUAAUUAUAAUCAAGUGCAUGUGCUUUAAAAUGUUUGUCAACAUCUAAAUAAGUGCAUGACAAAAGAUUAUUCAAAUGAUUUAAAAUGUGCUUGUAGAGCUGUCAAAUCGAUUAAUCGCGAUUUAUUGAAUUUAACCAAAGUUUGUGAAUAUAUAAUGUGUGUGUGUGUGUAUACAGUUGUGGUCAGAAUUAUUGGCACCCUUGGUAAUUAUUAUUAAAGAUGACUGUAAAAAUAAAUCU